GUACAGCACAAUUGUGGUUGAGAACUUCUAGUGAAAUGCCUGGCAGCGGGUUUACACGUGCGUCUGUUGUUAGUUGUAACCAUAACGACAGCGUUGUAUUGAAUGAGAGACUGAAGAGUUGGGGCAUAUUGCUUGUGUUGGGUUUUUAAUCCUUAAAUUUGAUAGGAUUUUUUUUUAGUAAUGGAGACGUCAUCCUUUCAGCAAGUACUUUUUCCUGGAGAAGCGGAAGGAUAUAUACAAAAUUUGGAAAUAUUUCAGCUAAAGGACAUUGGUUGUCCAAGGUGGUUCAAGCAGCACGAAUACAUCGAAAAGCUUAACAUGCAGGCGAUUCUUAAUGCUACGGGAAGCCAGGAUGAGUUCGUGAAGGAGUUACUUGUGUCAUUGGGAAAGAUCCCUACAUUGGUCCAUGAGAUGAUCUUAGUGGAGGUUUGGAAAGUGAAGAUUUUUCCUAUUCUGUAUCAGCUGCAGGAUUUCAACCCGCAAAGCACAUUUCCUUUGUAUAUGGUGAUUCAUCAUGAAGCUACCAUUAUCAACCUGUUAGAGACAGUCAUGUUUCACCGGGAGUCCUGCGAGGCUGCAGAGGACUCUGUCUUGGACCUGGUGGAUUACUGUCACCGUAAGCUGACCCUGCUGGCUGGCCGCUCUGAGAGGGAGGAUCCCACAACUGAGGGCAGGCUGACCCACACAGUGGAUGUAAAUUCCUCCUCCAUACAGGAACUAAAGAAGCAGAGUGAGGCCUUAGAGUUUGAGAUCUCCCUGAAGGCACUUUCAGUUCUCCGGUACAUCACUGAUCACACAGACAGUGUGAGUCUGAGUGCCCUCACCAGACUGCUCUGCACCCAUAAUCUACCCUGUGUCCUGGUCCAGCUGGUUGAGCACUGCCCUUGGUCUCGCUUCUCCAAAGGUCAGCUGGAAAAGUACAUAGAUGGGAAGUGGCAGCAAAUUCCCAGGGAAGACCAGGUAAAGAUGACUAAACUGGAUGGCCAGGUGUGGAUCGCUCUGCUCAACCUGCUGCUAAAGCCAGAAUGCCAGAGGAAAUAUGAUUUCAACAACUUCAACAAAAGCCAGCUCUUAAAGUUGCGAGCUUUCCUGACAGAGGUAUUGAUUGACCAGCUGCCAAACCUGGGUGAGUUACAACGCUUCCUAAGUCACCUGGCAGUCACGGACCCAGCACCCCCAAAAAAGGACCUGAUCCUGGAGCAGAUUCCAGAGAUGUGGAACAAUAUAAUGAAGGACAAUUCAGGGAAGUGGAAGGCUGUUGCCAAGUACCAGGUGAAGCAGGCUUUUAGUCCCUCAGAAAGUGACCUGAGGCAGCAGGCAUGCAGGCUGGCCCAGACCUACAAUCUGGAUGUGAUUGAGAGCUUUAUACCCGAGAAGCCCAAGUGUGGCUCGUGUGGCUCUGAGGCCAGCAAGCGCUGCUCACGCUGCCAGGGAGAGUGGUACUGCCGCAGGGAAUGCCAGGUGAAGCACUGGCCGAAACACAAGAAAGCUUGCCAACUGAUGGUGGAUGCCACAGAGAAACUCCAGAGGGACUUAAACAUCAAAGCUUAGCUUUUGGUUUUAGACAACGGACUGAGGAAUGUUUACCAGAAUAGCAGAGUUCUCUGUUUUAUUCUUUUCACCCACGUUGUGUAAAAAGAUAAGUUGUUAAUCUCUAAGAUGACAUCAUUGGCUUGACACAUGUAUGAAGGCUAUCUUGUAAACCAAGCAUGUCGAUAAAGAUAAAUAACAUUGGAUGGUUAUGUCAGUGACAGAAACUUGGUCUGAAGUUAUAGGUUUUAUCUGCAUGUUGAAAGUCAUAGAUUGACAGUCCUGUGCUUACUUGUAAGAAAACAAGUGGGUUUUCCUCAAACUGAAAUCACAGAAUAGCGAUUGUAAUUAUUUCGUUUUGCAGGAGUUUGUAAAAUUGAUAAUUUACUCUGUUCCUAAAUUUUUUUUUUUUUUUGUAAGUUUUGUACUGUUUGGUACCCAUUAGCUGUAACAUAAUUCUAAAUUGUUUGGAACACAGGAUUCUGUUUCUUCUGUGAUCUCUGGCUUAAUACAGACAGACAGGAGAUUACUCAGAUCCUUAAUGCGCUCCCAGUGAACUCCCCGGAUCUCCUGAUGACGAUGUAAAUGCUUCCCUUCUUGUUGGGGAAAUGUUUCCUUUAGAAGGCACAUCUCCAGUCUCUUAAAAUGCAUAACAACGUGUCUUCUACGUUAAAUAAAUAAAUAAAUAAAUAAAUAAAUAAAUAAAUCAAUCAAUAAAUAAAUAAAUAAAUAAAUAAAUAAAUAUCUCACGGAAGCUAAUAACAUUCGAACCCAUGCCACAAAAAAAUAAAUAAAUAAAAAAUUAAAAUUCUGUACUGAAAUGAAACAGCACAGUACAUAGCAGAUGUACAUUAACCGCAGCCAUGAAAAAAGUAGGGGACCGUAGUUCCACUGCAGCUUCAUCCUGUGGAGACAAAUAAAUCGCCACGUCUUCAUACAGACUUGCUCUCGGUCUGUUAAAAUGUUUAGUCAUACUUCUCAUUUUGUUAAUGAACUACCUCGUUACGCAUAUGUGCAGGUGUCCCAUCUCUUUCAUGGUAUUAUACGUAGCCUGUAGUGUUUAAAAUUGUAACUCACUAACUGCCAAAAUCUGCGUUAAAUGGUUUCAUUAAAUGUUUAGUUUACUUGUAAGAAUGUUAUGUAGGCUAACCGUGCGACUUGACUUUGCCAGUAGGCUAAGGACCAAAAUCAGUGGUAGAGCAUUAAUGCUGAACAAUUUCAUUAGUUGUUCCACUGAUGUAGUUUACUGUAUGGGGGUCACAUAUUUACAUUUUAAUCUAGCCUAUCUCUCUUUAAAAUAAUGAACCGUAUCACAUGUUUUGGCAUGAUGCGCGUUUUUGGCAAGCGAUGCUAAUGUAGCUGCAGCCCAUUAAUAGUUAACUGCGGGCUUCUUCGCCUAUUGCCCACCCCCAAGCAUUUCUCAAGAUACAGGACUCGCAGUUUGAAGGAAAACCAGUUGAAAAAUGUGUGCAGUACCUUGCAGCUACUGUUUUUGUUUUUCUUUAUUUGCAUACAUAUUUACUAAUUCGGGUUUUCAGCGCUUUUCUAGGUCAGAAAGUUCAGCUUUUCCGUUGUGUUGAAAGACAUUUGUACUGUCACACCACUCCUCAAUCAAUUCUGUGGGAACUUACGCAAAAUGCCUAUGCAAAGGAGAGCUUCGGAUGGAAGCUGCGUCGGCUCUGCUAGUGAAUUUUUUACUAGGGGAUGUCCAAGAUAUGUUCUUCUGUGGAAGUUUUGAACGUUUUCCGUAAUCAGUCGGGUAAACGUUGCCUACGUCAUGUAGCUAUACUUCAACCACCCAAGACUUUUAGUUUCGAAAAGUGAUUGUGGCUGUAGCCUACUGAAUCUACAAGCGAGAUUGUCUCUGUUCCGUCCUGAAGGAGGGAUUAUCUAUCAAACGUUUUCGGUUGUUGUAGCUGUGACAGUCGUGCGUUACAAGCCAACAGACGAGGCCACCAGCCACACUGUACUGUAAUUCAACGUUUACAACUUCAAAGAUGUAAAAAAAAAAAAAAAAA